AUGAAUAAUCUAAAUCGCGAAAGUCAUAAUAUUCACGUUUUUUUUUUUUGAAUUUCUGUUUAUAUGAUCUAUCACAAUAAACUAGUCCUUCAAUAAGCGAAGUUACGUGCCACAGUCAGACGGAUAUUUUCAUACUUGUAAAAUCGAAAUUUGUUAUGGGUCAGUUUCAUGUUUUGCGAGAAUGAAGAUGGAUAACCACAUCGACGAUUAUACGUUGGAAAGCGUAAUCGGCAAGGGAACAUUCGGAACUGUGUAUUUGGUGAAAAGAAAGAAAGACUUGAAGCUGUUUGUUAUAAAAGCGCAAGAUUUAAGUACAAUGACUUCACCGUCCAAGAGAGUGCUAGAAGAGGUGCGGUGUUUGCAAAAGUUGAGGCAUCCGAAUAUAGUAUUUUAUCACGAUGCGUGGAAGAAGAAUAAUCACAGCUACAUUCUUAUGGAGUACGCAACUCGAUGCACUCUCAAAGAUUUAUUGGAAACUCGAAACGUACCACUCACAGACGAGGAUGCACUGUAUUUGUUUUCACAAGUUACUCUGGGAGUACAUCAUAUUCACACGAACAAGAUCCUUCACCGAGAUUUAAAACCGGAAAAUAUCAUGUUGACUGGCAGCCGCGGGGACAUUGUUAAAAUCGGCGACUUUGGUCUCUCGAAAAAUAUGCUGGAAGAAUCGAUAACCAAUCACGCAGGCUCUUAUUAUUAUAUGGCUCCAGAAGUGCUAACUAUACAGCCAUAUGAAUUCAAAUGUGAUAUAUGGAGCAUGGGUGUUGUACUAUACGAGAUGAUUACAAAGAAACUUCCAUUUCCGGCCACGAGUCUAGCGGAAAUUACGAAAUUAGUGUACAAUUGUCCGCCGCAGCCUCUGCCACAACAAACAUCGGCACCCCUUGCGAAUCUGAUAUCGAAAAUGCUAAGGAAGCACAGUUCGUGUCGACCCAGCACCAACCAGCUUGUGCUUUGCCCGUUUCUCGUCCCUUAUAUCGUUCGAGUGUAUCUGAAUCUCGGCCUGCAUCCGGAUAUGUGGUGGAUUUUGUUACUGAGUUGCUGGUCGUAUCCUUCGUUGGCUAUGACUUGGUAUCCUCCGAUAUCGAGGACCGCUUUGAGCGCGAUACUCGGGGAACAAGUGGAUCUCGUGGCCGCCGAUAACACGACUUACGCGCCCGACUGGACAAGUACCGCGAAUAAUGACGCUGCGACCGGUGGCUCGGAAUCUAUCGAUUCGAUCGACACAGGACAAUCCCCCGUGAAUUCCGUCGAUCGCGAUCGCGAACCGUUGGACGAAGUGGAGCGCAUCGAACCCAGACAGUGGCCAGGCAGGCCGGAUAUCCUUCCGACCCGCAACACCGCGCCUUUCACGACGGAAACAUCUUUGGCGCCUAGAUCUCCGCAACCCACCACAUUGGCACAAAGGUAUCCAACUGCUCCACCACCGACGGUUGUCGUCGAAGAAGUCUUCUGCGACUUCGGGCCGAAUCCGGCGAUGCCGCUUUGCGAGUGGCAAAACGGAAACGGCGCCUUAGACUGGACUGCGGGUACCGGAAUGGGCACAAAUUGGCUGGGCGGACCAGCGGCCGACGCUACGAGCGGUUCGAUGGAUGGCGGAUACGCUUUUCUGGAGACAUCGCAGACACCUGCGAAGGAUCUAAAGUCCAAAAGCCACGGAGGUCUCCUGCACAGUCCACAAUUGGGCAGCACCGGAGUCGCUGGUACCUGCUUCAUGUUCAAAUACACCAUGGACGGCCUCAGCAUCGCGGGACUACGGGUGCUGCUUCACGUCGGGACGGACGAGUUUUCGUUCAAGAAAGAGCAAGAGGAAGAAUUGCCUGUAGAGAAUAUCACCGCUCCUGCGUCCUGCGAGCCGGUGGAAGUCGUGGAGGAGCGUGUGCUGUGGCACGCGCAGUAUUACACGCUUGGAGCGUGGCAGCAGGCUCAAAUACUCUACACUUAUCCCGAAUUACAUUCGGUGGUUAUUGAAGGCGUGCCGGUGGACUCCACGGAUCCCUCGCGUUUAUAUCGCGGAUACAUCGCUAUCGACGACAUAGAUUUGCAGAGUGGCACGUCCUGCACUGGAUUUUGCAACUUUGCCGGUGGUUUCUGCGAGUGGAACAAUGACGCGGAAGACGACUUCGAUUGGACCAUAAGUCGCGGCAGCGGGAAUCCCACGACCGGUCCGGCGAUGGACAGUUCCAGCGAUCGUGCCACAGCCGGCGGUUACGCUUUCAUCGAUUCCAGCUUCCCGCGAAGGCCCGGCGACACGGCGAAACUGAUAAGCUCGAGCUUUCCACCGACCAGCGCGAACACGCCGAUGUGCAUGCACUUCUGGUUCCACAUGUUCGGAUCCGGAAUUGGCCACCUGAAGCUCUUUCUACGUCACUUCCGCAGCUCGGACAGCCAGCUCCAAGAAAUCUGGGGGCUGUCCGGAAACGCCGGCAACGCCUGGUUCAUGUCGCAGGUCACGAUCAGCUCCCUCGAUGACUUUCAGCUAGUUUUCGAGGCGUCGGUGGGCAACACCGGUAUGGGAGAUAUCGCCAUCGACGAUAUUUCAUACGGGCACGGUGCUUGCCCUGUUUCGCCGCAAGUGGCUGGCCCGAUACCGCGAGAUUGCACCUUUGAGGUCGACGAGUGCGAGUGGAUCAACUCGCGGGAUCCGGAUCGCGUUGAGUGGGAAAGAGUGUCCACCCAAGUGUUAGGCCCAAGAAAUCAGAGGAAACCGUACAGCAAUGGGCACACCGUUAACCGGCGCAACGAGUACUUCCUGGGACUUGGACGUCUUCGAGGUCCGCGAUCGUCCGGCGGCGGCACCGCUCAGUUGGUCAGCCGAGAGAUGAGGGGCUCCGAAGAACCGAUUUGCAUCACGUUCUGGUACUUCAUGUUCGAGCCAUUCAUCGAUUCCACAGGACCUAGUUUGGGCGUCUUGCGACUGUACGUGCAAGCGGUCGGUGAUACCGUGACGGAAGCCAAGCCGAUAUGGCAGUUGUACAACAAUCAGGGCCCCACGUGGAACUAUGCUCAAACGAAUAUCAAUCAAAAUUCGGAUUUCAAUAUCGUGUUUGAAGGCACGUGGGGUCCGAAUCGAGCGAGUGGCAGCAUAGGAAUCGACGAUAUUGCUUUUUACACCGGAAAUUGCAGUGUGAGACCAGCGAAUGCAGCUGUUCGCACAGAGGAUUGCAGCUUCGAGAAGGGUCUAUGCGGUUGGGAGAACACAACUGCUUCCGAUAAUGAUCGAUCUGUCAUGUGGCAGCGUGCGUUUCUUGCCCACCGACCGGCCCAACUGUUGGACAGAACCUUCGGCGCGACCGGCGAUUUCGUGUUCUUCGACAUCUUUACAACAAAUAAACAAUCGACCAAGGUUCAAUUGCGAUCGCCGGUCAUCGGCGCCUCGCCCGAUGAAGAGUUUAUAUGCUUCACCUUCUGGUUUGCCGCCUUUGGCGUAGAGGAAUCCACCACUCUGCGAGUGAUCAAAAUGCCCGCUGAAAAUGGCGACGAAGAUGGCGAAGGCGAAGAGGAGAAACCGUUAUGGUCAUUGACGGCGAAAGGACUCAACAAUCCGCGACCGGUAUGGAUGGCGGCUCAAGUAACGAUUGAAGCGCGAACUCCAUAUCGGUUAAUUUUGGAAGGGAGCGCCAGUAAUGGAGGCUUCGCCAUCGACGACAUAAAGUUUCAACCUCUAGCCUGCGCAACUCGACCAGCCAAUGCCCAACCGAUAGAGAAUGAAACUUAAGAAAAACGUAUAUAAUAAUAAUUAUAGAUAAUAAAUUUUGCGUUAAAAUAAUCCUUUUUUAUCAAUUAGCAGUUAUUAUUUAUGUAUAAUAGUAGUGCACAAUAUGCAAUAAACGAUUUUAAAAUACA